GGGAGAGCGAGCGAGCGGCGGCGACAUGGGGAACACUCCCUCCCAAGGCAGGUCCCUCUCACUAUGUGCACCCAUUCUUAAGUAGCAGGGCUCGAUCGCCUUGCGGGAGGGAAGAAGCCAGGACUCUGUUCCCUCUGCGUAAAGGCACCAGAUCCCGAGCGGAGCAGCACCCACAUGAUCUCGGCGGACGAUGCCGAGUACCCGCGGGAGUACCGCACGCUGGGCAACGGCACGCGGCGCUUCUCCAACGUGGGGCUGGUGCACACCUCGGAGCGCCGGCACACCGUCAUCGCCGCCCAGAGCCUCGAGGCCCUCACCGGCCUCCAGAAGUCGGAGAUGGAGCGCAAGCGGGACGCCUUCAUGGACCACCUGAAGACCAAGUACCCGCAGCACGCGCUGGCACUGCGCGGGCAGCAGGAGCGCGUGCGGGACCAGCAACCCAACUACUGGAGCUUUAAGACAAGGAGCUCCCGACACUCCCAGAGCUCCCAGCCCGGCUUGGCCGAUCAAGCCAAACUUUCCUUCGCCUCGGCCGAAUCCCUGGAAACCAUGUCAGAAGCUGAGCUGCCCAUUGGAUUCAACAGGAUGAACCGCUUCCGGCAGAGUUUGCCUCUGUCCCGGUCCACCAGCCAGACGAAGCUGCGGUCACCAGGGGUCCUUUUCCUGCAGUUCGGGGAUGAGACAAGGCGUGUUCACAUCACCCACGAGAUCAGCAGCAUGGACACCCUGCAUGCCCUCAUUGUCCACAUGUUUCCCCAGAAGCUCACAAUGGGGAUGCUGAAAUCUCCCAACACCGCCAUCCUCAUCAAGGACGAGUCGCGCAAUGUCUUCUACGAGCUGGAGGAUGUCCGAGAUAUCCAGGACAGAAGUAUCAUUAAAAUCUACCGGAAAGAGCCUCUCUAUGCCUCGUUCCCAGCCUCGCACAUCACCAACGGUGACCUGAGGAGGGAGAUGGUUUACACCUCCAGGGAGUCCUCUCCCACCCGCCGGCUGAACAACAUGUCGCCAGCCUCUCACCUGACCUCCGGCUCCCCGCCGCCCGUGCUGCAGUCCUCCUCCCCGUCCCGCUCCCGCAUGUCCUACAGCGGGGGCCGCCCGCCCUCCUACGCGGGCAGCCCCGUCCACCACGGCGAGCGCCUCUCCAACCUGCCGCCCGCGCAGGGCGUCUCGCCCAGCCCCAGCGCCAUCCUGGAGCGCCGGGACGUGAAGCCGGACGAAGACCUGGCUGGGAAGAACAUGAUGCUGGUGAAGAACGAGGGGCUCUACGCCGAUCCCUACAGCAUGGUGCACGAGGGCCGCCUCAGCAUCACCUCCACCCAGUCCCUGGCUGGCAUGGGAGAUCCUUUCGGCUACUCCGGAGGGCUGUACAAGAGGGGCUCCGUUCGCUCCCUCAGCACCUACUCCGCGGCUGCCUUGCAGACGGAGCUGGAGGACAGCCUGUACAAGCCCAACGCGCAGAUCUACAGCGACACGUACGGGCCUGGCCUGGGUUUCCGCAUGCCGCCCUCCUCCCCGCAGAAGAUGGCCGAUGGGCGGCUGGUGGAUGUGCAGCCGGGGCAGAGCCCUCACAGCCCCUACUCGGGGCCCCCCAGCCGGUCCUCGCCCGUCCGCCAGUCCUUCCGCAAGGACUCCUGCUCCUCUGUCUUCAUGGAGAGCCCCGUCAACAAACCACGCAACCCCAGUUCCUCCGGGCCUCCGGAGCUGUUCCCUGGCCCUGCCGACCGCCCGCUGUCAGGGUUCAGCUCUCCUGUGCCGGCCAAGGAUACGGAAACGAGGGAGCGGAUGGAAGCCAUGGAGAAGCAGAUUGCCAGCCUGACGGGGCUGGUGCAGAGCGCCCUGCUCCGUGGCUCCGAGGCCGAGACCCCCAGUGAGAAGACGGAAACCACCAACGGCGGGACCCCCACAUCAGCAUCAGCCAGCCGGAGCAGCAUGGGGACACCGGUGCCCGCGCCCCCGCCGCCCUCCGCCACAAGCACGCCGGCGGGGCAGCCCACUGCCAUCACCCGCUUGCACAUGCAGCUGCACCUCCACGACCUGCAGCAGAACGCCAGCGAGCUCCGCAACCAGCUGCAGCAGCUCAAGAAGCUGCAGCUGCAGAACCAGGAGACGGUGAAGACAAUACUGCGGCGGACGGAGACGGAGAUCAGCGUGCGCGUGACGGACACCAUGCGCAAGCACGAGGACCCUCUGCAGCGCCAGCGUAGCCUGGUGGAAGAGGAGCGGCUCCGGUACCUCAACGAGGAGGAGCUCAUCACCCAGCAGCUGAAUGACCUGGAGAAGUCGGUGGAGAAGAUUCAGAAGGAUUUAGCCCACAACCACCGGCUCGUCCCUGUGCAGGAGCUGGAGGAGAAGGCCGUGGUGUUGAAACAACUGGGGGAGACCCUGACGGACCUCAAGGCCCAGUUCCCCAGCCUGCAGAGCAAGAUGCGAGUGGUGCUGCGGGUGGAGGUGGAAGCAGUGAAGUUCCUCAAGGAGGAACCAAACCGCCUUGAUGGUCUGCUCAAGCGCUGCAAGACGGUGACGGACACCCUCGCCCAGAUCCGCAGGCAAGUGGAGGAGGGCGUGUGGACCUCCCCGAACAACCUCAGCCAGUCCCCCAAGAAGAUCGCCCCUGAGACAGACUUCAGCAAAGGGCUGGAUUUGGAGACGCCCACCAGUCCCCCGGUGAGCCUCCAUCACCUGACUGCCGUCACUGAGACCCUGGGCAUGCCCAGCUUCGGGCACAGCCCCCCCCAGACCCAGACUCACCCCUCCAAGAGCAAUAACCCUUCCCGGGCUCCGGAGAUGGUACCUGCCAAGACCCAGACAGGCCCAGAAACUCCCAGCAAGAAGAGCGCAGACAAAGCCGUAUCCGUGGAGGCUGCCGAGCGGGACUGGGAGGAGAAGCGAGCAGCGCUGACCCAGUACAGUGCCAAGGACAUCAACCGUCUCCUGGAGGAGACACAGGCCGAGCUCAUGAAGGCCAUACCCGACCUGGAGUUUGCUGCCAAGCACAAGCAGGCCACGGGCAGCAGCAGUGCUGCGUCCACGCCAGAGCACAAGCCCUCCAAGCCGCAGCAUGCACAGAAAUCCACGGGCAAGGUGGACCCCAACGGCCGCCGGGGCUCAGAUGAACUGACGGUGCCCCGGUACCGGACUGAGAAACCCUCCAAAUCGCCACCACCUCCCCCUCCUCGCCGGAGCUUCCCCUCAUCCCAUGGGCUGACCACAACCCGCAGUGGCGAAGUCAUUGUCACCAGCAAGAAGGAGCCUGGUUUCAUGAAGAAGGCUGAGUCGGAGGAGCUGGAGAUACAGAAGCCCCAGGUGAAGCUGAGACGGACAGUGUCAGAGGUGGUCAGGCCUGCCUCCACCCCGCCCAUCAUCGCCUCUGCCAUCAAAGACGACGAUGACGAGGACCGCAUCAUUGCGGAGCUGGAGGUGUUUCAGAGAAGCUCUGCCUCCCCUUUCAUUCCCAAGCUCCGUUACGAUCCGCUCACGGCUGCCACCUCCCCUGGGCACGCAGACUUGUGGCCCAAUGGAGCCUCCGUUGCAGCCGAAGGAUGGAAGGAGCUGGAGCCCCUGGCAGCCCCAGGGAGCAGGGCUUUCUCCCUCCCGCAGAUUGUGCUCACCGAGUGGGUGUCUGAGCCACCGUCCCCUGAAGCCGAGCUUGAGGUGUCGGUAGAAACGGGCUCCUCUGAGCGCGGUGACCAGCCCGGCAGCAGAGGAGCAGGAGGGGAGCUCGCACCGGGCCGUGAGCAAUCAGAAGGAAACUCUGCUGACGUGCUCUCACCAGACAGGCCCGCGAGCCGCUCUGAUGGGGAAGGGAAACGCUGUGCGUCUCCUGGCAUCUCAGAAGAGCCUCCGGCCACACUUGAGUGCGUUUCAGCCUCAGCCACGCAGCCCCAAAGCGGCCCAUUUUGGGGCUGUGACCGUGCAGCAAGAGAGACUUCGAUGUUCCCGUCUCCCUCAAAGCAUGAAAGUAGCCAGUCUGUUGGGGAAGAAGGAGGGCACACGGCUUUGAACUCUCCUGGAAAACAAGAAGGCAGCAGCAAGCCGUCACACCAAGGUCCUUUGGCCGAACAGUCUCCCCUUCCCUGCGGGGAAGCCACGGAUGCUGGAGCUGGAGAGCCGGCACUCCCGUCCAUCAGUGCAGAUGGCGAAAGGCCCAGCACUGUCCUGGGGGUUCCCAGUGAUGUUGUGGAGCCCCGAGGAGGAACCAGACAGCGUGUGCGGGAGGCAGUUCCUCCUCCUGGAGUCCCCGAUGGAGUUUUCAAACAAACGCGGAGGGAGGAACACACCAGCUUGCCAGCACCAGCGUGCCCGGUGCCAAAACCCAGAUCUCUCCUAGGCAGCAGUCCAGACCAGCAAGGGAGCAGAGAGUCCCGGGCUGAGCACCCCAAGGAGCAGCUCCCUGCUUUGUCACGGCCAGCGGCGUGUGCAGCAGCACCGGGCCGGAGCAGCCUAGGUCUGCCCGCUCAGGGAGAAGGAGCCGAGAGGGACUCCGGCGUAGCAGGGAAGACAGCGGAGGGACACCGAUCCCUGGGUCCUCGGGGAAGGAGCAAAGGGGAGUUGUCUCCUCUCCACCCCAUGACUCCACGCAGCAAAGAGAUUUAUGAAGGCACAUACCAGAGACUGGAUAGCCUAGAAGAGACUAUCCGUGAGCUGGAAAUAACCAUUAAUGAAAUCAACAGCCAUCCAUCAGUUGAGUUCAUAUUCCCUAAGGAACUUCUAGGACAAGAGGAGUCUAAGGAUGCCAGUGAAGGCACAGAGGAAGGUCCAGGGGAUCCCAUACACAGCAGCUGUGACGAUGGCACUGCCCAGGAUCUCGGUCAGGCCAAAGGUGAUGCUCCUCAGAGUCCGUCUCCGAGCAAGACCAAACCACCUCUGCUACCGAAGCCGCAGCUCCCUCUCAACAGCCCUCAGAGUUGGCAGCGGCUCUGUGUUGAGCGGUGGUGUCUCCAUCCCCGCCAUGAAGAUGGUGAACCCGGCGUCCAGGCUGAAGCAGAGCCAGCAGGGCAGCCCCGACAAAAGCAAACACAUAAAGCAGAGAAUGGAGUACAUGAGGAUCCAGGGACAACAGCAGUAACUCGUGGAACCAGCUCAUCUCGUGCUCUGUUUGUGGUGGACCUUUUCCAGCUGCUUGACCUCAGGCCUAAAUCAAUGCUGCUUCUGAACAAACUCCUGGUUUUUUUUCCUUUUUUUCUUUUUUUUUGUCUUUUUUUUAAGAAACUGUUUGACUUUCCUCCCCUUUUCCUCCUCCUCCUCCUCCUUGAAUCUUGCUUUUCUUUCUAGGCCGCUAGACCAUCUAAAGAGGCUAGUGAGACUUCCACUGCAGUCUCAGAAAAACCUGCAUCUGGCAGAACAUCCAUCCCUGUAUUGACUUCCUUUGGGGCAAGGAACUCAUCCAUUUCAUUCUAAACCUCCUUGCCAACUCCAUCCAACUGUUUUCCUGCUCCUGGGGCCUGGCUUCUCUCUUCCUUGUGCUCCUCCCUUGGACUGUCUUCUUGAGGCACCGUGAGAGAUCACCAGGUGUCCUUCUCUUUUUGUUUUAAAUGUCUUGCUCCAAUGUGGCCGACCUCGUGUCUCACCUCUGCUCCGAUACGGCCGAACUUCUGUCUCGCCUCUGCUCCGAUGCGGCCCAACUUCUGUCUCGCCUCUGCUCCAGCACGGCCCAACUUCUGUCUCGCAUCUUGCUCCAAAAUGGCCAACCAGCCACUUUCUGUUUCUCUCUCUCUUUCUCUCUCUCUCUCGUUCUUUUAUUUUACUUUUCUUUUUUUUCUUUGUUUUGUUUUGGUUGCUGUUGUUGGUUUGGUUUUCUCGAUACCUCCCUCUUCCACCCUGGCGUUUUCUGUUUAUUUAAGAGCUCUCAGAACUUCACUCCACCAGUUUCACGAGCUUCAAGCAACAAGGACGUUGUGCGGCGCCCGGCCCCUCCACGGCCCGCUCGCGCGGGAGCGGUGCCAAAGCCGAACGAGGUGGAUGGGGGGAGGAAAGGGGAAAAAAGGCGGCCGCUGAAGACGCCUCAGCCCCCCCAGAGCUGACGGUCAGCGCCGCUGCCCCCCCCCGGGUUUCCUCCCUCUCGGCGGCUCCGUAGCCGCAACGCCGAUGCUCUCGGAGGAAGCGCGGCUCCGCGCGGGGCGGGCGCGUGCGGCGUCGCCGCGGGCUCUGCAAGGUCAGUGCUGUCCCCGGGGCCAUCGCCGCCGGCCCGAGCAGCAGGACGAGGCGCGCGGGCUGGGGAGCCGCGGCCGGGGCGGUGCGCGGGGGCCGGGGGGGGCACGUGCGGGACGCAUGGGCUCCCGUCCCGCACCGUCCAGCGCGCCGCCCGCGCACCGCGCAGCGAGAGAUCGAAUCACUCCUUCCGUUGGCUAGUUCGUCGUUGGGUUGUUUUGGUUAUUUUCUUCUCCCCCCCCCCUCUUUUUUUGUAUAUCAAUCAUUUUUGUACAGAAGAACGAGCCUUUUUUGAAUAACAAAGAGAAAAAAAAUACAAAAAAAAAUCAUGAUGCAAUUUCUUUGGAUUGCAAAAAGCAACUCUUUACAUUUAAGUGAAGUGUCUUAACAUUUUAUAUUGUUUUAAAAAAUAUAUUUACAUAUUAUAUAUAUAUAAUAUACGUAAUAUAAAUAUAUAUAUAAAUAUUUAAAAAGAAAAGAAAAGAAAUAAAUCUCUUCCCGUCUGGUAUAUGAGGGGGUGGGUUUCCUUCCCUGCUUCAGCUCCUGGUGAUUUCGAGAGGGUCAGUUCGCAGCGGCUGGGGGGCCCUCGGGCCGCGUUUCCCCCCCCCCCCGGGGCCCGGCCCCCUCCCAGUGUGCCCCUCGGCCAGGCCGGUGGCCCCCGGGGGGCACAGGGAGGCGGGGGGGGCCGAGCGCCGGGGCCGGCCCCUCCCGGCAGCAAUAGCAGUAACUUGUUGCGUUUAAUUUAACUUUUAAUUGUUUUUCUCGGUACCAAAGUGAAACACUGUAGCAAAGCCACAGCUUCUUAUGGAGGUGGGGGGGGGGGCUCCCGCGCUCCCCCCCCCCCCCGACCCGUGCCUGCCCAUCCCGCUCCGCAGCCCUCCCUGAUCCUGCCCCCCCACCCCCACCCCGCUGCGGUGCCUCUGGGGGUCCCGGCGGGGGGGGGGGGGGCCAUUGGUGUCACCGAGUGCCAGCACCACCGUGGGGCUCGGUGCCUUGCUGUCCUGGCCGGGGGGGGGGGGGGGUCACUGCUCACACUUAUGGGGCUGCAUUUCCCUCCGUGGGGCUUUCCCUGGUUUCGGGGGGGUCCCCAAAGCGCCGUGGGUGCUGGGAGCCCCCCUGGGUGCUGCCCGCCUGGGCACCACUGCUGCCCUGCAGCUCGCGAUGCCUUUGCAUCGGCUGCGAAAUGCACAGCGAAAGGCAGCACAUCUGCCCCGGCACAUCUGGGCACAUCUGGGCUCGCCGAGGCCAGGCCCUGGCGAUAGCGCCCGUCCCAGCACUGGGGCCCCCCCUCUUCUCCAUAAUAGUCUGUGGCUGGUGGGGCCGGGAGGGAGCGCUGGGGAAGGGUUUGCGUGUAGCUCAUUUCCACUGAUUUCGCCCCGUUUCUCCCCCCCCCCCCCGCCUGCGAUCCGACUAGUUUUCUAUGUGAGCGUGUGUCCGAGUGCGUGCGUGUGCGUCCGUCGGUUCAUGGCAUCAUGCACCUGUGUGUGAACACUGAGCCUAGCGCGUUUGCUCAAGCAAGAGGACAAAAAAAACUCCGCUUGAUUCCGACUUAAACCAAAAAAAAAAGACAAAAAAAAUAGGAAAAUGUUGCAAAAAUGACCCCCUCUCCCAUAAAAAAAGAAGGAAAAAAAAAAAAAAAAAAGCGCUGCCUGCAUCGUGCAUGUGUCCGGAGGCGCCCCGCUGCAUGCGCACCCCGCUUUACUCGUCUGGAUGUUGUUUAAAAAAGGUUACGACUUUUAAAAGGACAAAAAAAAAAAAAAAAAAACCUAAUACUCUUUAGAGGCUGUUUUGGGGUUUCUACAACGUCGUGUGUCUCUUAGCAUGAAUUUUCUCGUGAACUGUUUUAGAAAGACCUUGCGGCGAGGCGAAGGCGCGCGGGUCUCUGUAUCUCUAUGGAUGCCAUGGGUAGUUCUGUGCGAGCCGUGACCAUUGUAACGUGCAAACUCCAAUGACAAAGGGUUGCUCCCGAGUUUCUUUUUCCCCUUUCCUACUUUUCUUUUCUAUCAGAGUGUCUGGCUUUAAUAAAAUACUUUUUUUUUCCUCUA